AUGGAUGGAUUAUAUGGAUUUGAUCCAUGUAGUCCUGGUUAUGUAAUUACAUAUCUCAACACACAUGAAGUGCAAAGAGCUCUUCAUGCAAAUGUGACAAGCUUACCAUUUGUGUGGGAUAUGUGCAGUGGAGAUGUGGAUUUAGUAGUCCCAAUGACUGGUACAAGAUAUUCUAUUAAUGCAUUAAAGCUUUCAAUUGAGACAAAAUGGUAUCCAUGGAUGAAUGGAGAUAUUGAUGUUGGAGGUUAUAGUGUGAUUUACAAAGGCUUGAUUUUUGCAACUAACAAGGCCGCUGCCGUCCUUUUGCAUUGUUUGCUCCGCAUCGACAUAGCCUGCAAGCUGUUCAAUCUCAAUUGUUCAUUCAGGCCAGCCUUAAAUCACAUACAUAACAUUUUAAAUCUAGAGAAUGUCAAUCAAUUUCUCUUGCUGCUCAGCCCAUCUGAGUUUCAUCAUCCAUUCAAAAUGAAAAAUAUCAUAACCCUCCUCUUAAUCUUUCCUUUCGCGCUAUUGGUCGAUCCUUCUCACCAGCGCAGUCAGCAGCAAGUUCUCUCAGAAUUUUUGGAAAGGAAGAGAUCUGCUGUGGAAAGCCCAACUCAUGAAUGGACGGCUCCUUCUGUUAACUUCGAUCACAUUUAUCCUCAAGACGGAUUGCAGGAGAAUGACAAGAUAACUUCUCUGCCCGGUCAGCCAUCAAAUGUAACGUUUGCACAGUAUUCGGGAUAUGUUACAGUAGAUGCACAGGCGGGCAGAGCUCUGUUCUACUAUUUUGCAGAGGCAACACAAGACCCAACUACUAAACCUCUCCUCCUCUGGCUCAAUGGAGGGCCAGGAUGCUCAUCGUUUGGAGUGGGAGCAAUGACUGAGCUUGGACCCUUCCGCGUUCAGCCUGAUAACGCCACUCUUUCUAGUAAUCCCUAUGCGUGGAACCAAGUGGCGAACACCUUGUUUUUGGAAUCACCUGCCGGGGUUGGGUUUUCAUACUCAAAUACCAGUGAUGAUUAUAAAAAUGGCACUGAUGAAAACACUGCUGUGGAUUCGUACACGUUUCUACUGAAUUGGUUUGAAAGGUUUCCACAAUAUAAGAACAGAGAAUUCUAUAUUGCAGGGGAAAGCUACGCUGGUUUUUAUAUACCUGAAUUGGCUGAUACAAUACUUAAGAACAACUACUCACGGACAUCUUUUCUUAAUCUCAAGGGAGUUAUGAUUGGGAAUGGUUUAAUGAAUGACGAGACAGAUGAUUGUGGGGUGGUAGAUUAUGCAUGGUCACAUGCUUUGAUGUCAGAUGAAGAAUAUGAAUAUAAACGAUGCAAGGGAUCUAAUUCAAGCUUUCGAUCUAAUAGCGACACAUUCCACUUCAAAUUUAAGUUAACUAAAGUGAUAAACCCAUAUAAUAUAUAUGCACCACUUUGCCCAUCCCAUCCAGAUCCCAUAUGGACAUUGUCUACUACGACUGGUGUUAUGUCUAUGGAAGGAUUAUAUGGAUUUGAUCCAUGUAGUCCUAGUUAUGUACUUACAUAUCUCAACACACAUGAAGUGCAAAGAGCUCUUCAUGCAAAUGUGACAAGCUUACCAUUUGCAUGGGAUAUGUGUAGUGAUGUACUAUGGUAUGGUACCUAUGCAACCACUAUGCUCCCAAUCUAUCGAAGAAUGAUUGCAUCGGGAGUGAGAAUACUAGUAUACAGUGGAGAUGUAGAUUCAAUAGUCCCAGUGACUGGUACAAGAUAUUCCAUUAAUGCAUUAAAUCUCCCAAUAGAGACAAAAUGGUAUCCAUGGAUGAAUGGAGAUAUUGAUGUUGGGGGUUAUAGUGUGAUUUACAAAGGCUUGAUUUUUGCAACUGUAAGAGGAGCAGGACAUCAAGUACCUAGCUAUCAACCAUCUAGAGCCUUAACAAUGACCAAAUCCUUUUUAGCUGGCCAACCUCUACCAUCAUAG